CUACAACAAAGAAGACUAAAAGGAAUGUCAAACUUUAAUCCUCUCAAUGCUAUACCUUCAGCAUUGAGGGAUAUAAACUUGAAUCCACUCAAUCUAAACUUAAAUCCAUUGAACCUGAAUCUAAACGAUCUGAAUCCAUUGAACAAUGAUCGUCGUGAUCGUAUAGCAAGCUUCUUUCAUCAAGGUACAGAUGACUUUAACAGUAGAAUGCAGAAUGUAGUACAUAAUAUAAGAUCAAAUGAAUAUAAGAGAAAGAUGCACAAAGUGUUGACAAAGAUUAAGGAUACAAAGGAGUAUAAGGCAACGUCAAUGGCCGACUAUGACGUAGUCUUUGAAUCCGUUGAUAUGUACUCCAAUUUGCAGUCCGAUCCAACGAUGGAGAAGGACGAUGUCGAGACCGUCAAGGAUCUGGACUCGUACAAACGUCGUGUUCAGCAUUGGUUCAAGAAGGAGCGUAUCUCCACACUGAUGUUCAUCCCCAUCCUGGGCAUCCUAAUCGCUCUGAUGGGCAUCAUGUGUGACGAGGUUCUCAAGCAGCUUAACAACCUGCGUCUAAAUCUAAUGGGCGACGACAAGGACAUGUACAAUUGGAAAUAUGGUCUCAUCUAUGUGGCCUACUGCACAGGUCUUUCGUUUAUAUCAGUCAGCUGCAUCUCCUUUAUCAGUCCGUACGCCGUCGGUUCGGGUAUCCCAGAGAUGAAGUCCAUUCUCUCGGGUAUCAAUCUGAGUCGUGUGCUCGGCUUCAAGACACUGGUGUCCAAGCUGAUUGGAAUGGUGGCGGCCACCGCUGCCGGCCUGACCAUCGGUCGUACAGGACCUUUCAUGCACGCCAGUGCCAUCAUUGCACAUCAGAUGAUGCAGCUCAAGAUGUUCUCCAACAUCAAGAAGAAUCAGAUCGUUCGUUAUCAGAUGUUUAUUUGCGCGUUGGCAAGUGGCGUCGUUGCCAACUUUGGUGCGCCAAUCGGAGGACUCUUAUUCGCCGUGGAGAUCACUGCGACCAACUGUAUCUCUGGCAACCUUUGGAAAGGUUUCCUAUGUGGCACAACAACUGCGAUUAUCUUUUAUCUGUCGCGUCCACUGAUAGGAGGCAGCUACUCCUUCUCAGUGUACACGGUCAACUUGAACGAUCUGCCCACAUCCUACACGAUCACAGACCUCUUGCUUGUCGUGUCCAUUGGUAUCAUCACAGGCCUCAUUGGAGCUCUCUUUGUCUUUUUGUUUGAGAAGAUCGUGCGAUUCCGUCUACGCUAUCCAAUCCUCAAGCAGUCGCGUAUCGGCCUGGUCGUCACGAUUGCCAUAAUGUCAUCAGCCCUCACCUAUAUGGCUGGUCCACUGGCCCGCGAACCAUUCUCAGCCGCGAUGAAGGCGUUCAUCUCGCAUCCAGCCGAUAACCCCAAGCCCUACCUCUUCCCAGCCGACAAGAACGACCCGUACAUCAAUGGAGUAUACAACCUCUUGGUCUACAUUGGACUCAAGCUGUUCCUGACGGCGUUCAACAUUACCAUCCCCAUCCCAGGUGGUGCCAUCACACCAUUCAUUGUCACUGGCGCAGCCAUGGGUCGUCUGUUUGGGAUGACUGUCAAUCACUAUGGCAUAUCCAAGAUCUCGACCGUUGGUUAUGCUGUCAUUGCCUCUGCCGGACUGGUGUCUGGUGCAACCAGAGCAAUGUCACCCUCGAUCUUUGUACUCGAACUGACUGGCCAGCUAUCAUUGCUGAUGCCUGUGCUAAUCUGCUCGAUCACCUCAUCAGCAGUUGGCAACUUCUUCAACAAACCACUCUUUGACACAGCGCUAAAGAUCCAAGGAUUGCCAUUCCUCUCUGCAUUCAGGAGUGAGAAGGUGUACUCAAUGACUGCCAAACAAGUGAUGAAGACAGAUAUCAACUAUCUAUCGAUGGCAAGCACCGUCAAGGAGAUAAAGGAGUAUCUGUCAAAGUUCAGAUACACCUUUAUUCCCGUGGUGGAUUCACAGGAGCAUAUGUUGCUCGUUGGACUGGUGGAGAGGUCCAGUUUGGACGACCUGGUCGACACGCAUAUCCAGAUUGUCGAGGAGACACUGGACAAGAUAGCAAGACAAUCGGAGGAGGCGCGCUUGGAACAGGAUGGCGGUGUUCGCCAGGUGGGAUCGAUCAUCACCGACACAGAUCAACAUCGUGAUCAUCCAGAGGAAGACGAUGACGAAGAGGAUGACGAUGACAAGCAGAGUCUGAUACCUCCAACUACAAGCACAACAUCAACAGCGCAACUAGAGGAAUAUAGAGAGGUUAGCCUGGCAGAGGAGAAAGAGGAUCUGGACGAUGAAGAAGAAGACGAAGACGAAGAGGACGCAGAGGACGAUACAGAGUUAGAAAUAGACACCAACAUACCGAUGAUCAGGACGACCUGA